AAAUGCAAGAAGCAGGUGCGCGACAUCAACCGGCUCCUCAACAGCAAACAACUGAUGCCGUCGACGAAGCGUCUAGAGCUGGAGCGGCGAAUCAAGGCACUGACGGUGAUGCAGACACAACUGGCCGGCUCGCACAAUGACAAGGCCAAUGCGACCAGAUAUCAUGGUGUCAAAUUCAUCGAGCGCAAAAAGGUGCUGCGCAAGCUUGAGCAGCUUGACAAAAAGAUUAUUGCCGCUGACAGGCACAGCGAAGAAUUUGAGGGCCUCAGGACAGAGAAGCGCGAGCUUCUGAUGGAGCUCAAUUACACCACAUACUACCCUGAUGAGGUCAAGUACAUCUCGCUGUUUCCGGCUGAUCCUAAGAGCACCAGCGAGGACACCAAGGAGAGGCAGGCAAAGAUUAAGGAGGCCAUUCGGGCGGCGAUGGGCAGGGGCGAUUUGCCCAAGGAU